GUGUUUUUUGUUUUUGUUUUCUUCUAGCCCAAAUUUUUUUCACCUUUUUCUGCACAUCCCCUCGGGCUGAGAUUUUUCGCUUUAUCUCUGAGGAAUCGUGCUCGUUUCUUGUUUCCGUUAUUUUGCCUUGCGCCUGUAUUUAUCUUCUUUCACUUGCAUAUAUUAUUUCUCCUUUCCCGCGCCAUCAUAAACCGACUCUCUUGUGCUCCCCUCGCUGGUCUUUAAACACUGAGACGGGUAACACAAAAGCACUAAAACGUUUAUUUUUAGAAGGACAUAUCGGCUCGGCACGACAGUGAUAGCGCCAGCCACAGCUAUCUUCGCAGACGGCGGUCAUCCUCGGUAGUUUUGGCGGCAUCAGUCAGCCUGUCGAAUAUCCGGGCGGCAGCAGCCAGCAAGCGCGACAAGGCGGCAGCUCGAUUGAUGCCAUCAGUGGAGCAGGCAGAAACAAUAGCACAGCCAUUGGAGGACAGUACAGAAGUAGCGGCAGUAGCGAGCAGUAAGCGGCGCUCGAGCGUUGUUGCAUCUGGAUAUCAUACGCCAGACCAGGAAUUUGAGUCCCUGACGACAGCGGCAGCAGUGGCAGUGGAUAAUUUGUCGGAGAAACUGAGUGAGCGCGUGAUGUCGGGGCAGUCGCGUGCGGAAUCGGUGGCCACGCAGGACGACUCAAUCACAGAGGGCGUGGGGAUGCCGGAACAAGGCGGAGAGACAGCAGAGUAUGCGGUGGCGGCGGGCGAGCUGCCGGCAGAUGCGACGGCGGUGGGCUCAGAUGCGGGCUCGGCGGGCGGCGGGCUGGGAAUCAGCGAGGCGGAGGCGAGUCCCCAGCCCGGGCGGCUGCAGUUCUCGCCAGACAUGCCAGCAAAGCAGGUGAAAAUUGUGCAGACGGAGGCGGAGCGCGCUGAGGAGCAGGCGGUUGCGCUGGGGCGGUACCUGUACCAGCUGGAGGAGGCGCACUGCGGCGCGGCAGGGCAGAAGCCCCUGGAGCCGGCUCUGCCAGAAGCACUGCAGGGAGUGCAUGUACCAGGGCUGGUGGAGCACGCGGAGUGGCUGGGGCGGCGGUCGUCGUUCAGCGGGCGGGUGCUGCAGCAUUACAUGGGGAACUACGACUUUGCAGGGCUGCGGAUUGACGAGUGCCUGCGGCGGCUGUGCAAGCACAUGUACCUGCGCGGAGAGUCGCAGGUGAUUGACCGGCUGCUGGAGGAGCUGGCGCGGCGGUUCAUCGUGUGCAAUCCGGAGUCGCGGCUGCGCACGGUAGAUGUAGCACAUGCGGUGACAUACUCGACGCUGCUGCUGAACACGGACCUGCACAUGGCACAGAUCCGCACCAGUGAGCGCAUGUCGAAGAGCCGGUUCGUGCGGAACACAAUCGACACGAUCGCGCAGUUCCAGGGGGCAUCGGCGAUGGCAGAAGAGCCGGCGGUCUUGGAGGAAUCGCAGGCGGAGCUGUCGCCGGCGCCGCAGCUGCCGGAGCUGGAUCUGCGGCGGCGGGGCAGCGCAGCGGCAGCCAAGGCGUCGAUGGAGGAGGCGGCAGUCAAGGCGUCAAUGGAGGAAGCAGCGACGCCGUCAACGGUGGCGUCGCAGGGCGAGGGGUUUGAGGAGGGGCGGCGGAGCCUUGUGGGGUCGAUGGCGUCGCUGAACAUCACGCUGACGUCACCGUCGUCGACGCAGCCGGUACCCCGGUCGUCACGCGAUGUGGUGCGGCUGAUGGGAUCGCGCGGCAAGCGGUUUUCGUUCUUCGACGGCAGCACGGCGGGCGGUGGGAUUGCAGGGCCGGCGCCGGUGGCCAGUCCGUACUGGCGUGGCCAGCCCAACAUCGCUGCGGGCGUUCGACCGGCUGCGGCGCAAGGUGUCGACGAACAGCCCGCGCGGGUCGGCGGAGGAGUCGCCGGAGCCCUGCGAGUCGGAAGCGGCGGUGCGCAGCGGGGCGAGCCUGGCGGAUCUAACCGGUGUGCUGAAGGAUGUGUAUGUGGGGAUCAAGAACCGGCCGCUGGGGCAGCCGGCAUUUGCACGGCGUGGCGGCGACGGCAGCCAGGGGGACCUGCGAGCCAGCAUGGCGGUGGGGCGGGCCAAGGCGUCGAUGGACGAGAGUGAGUUUGGCGACGUCGGAUCCCCGGCGGGCGGGCGGCCGAGCUCAGUGCGUAGCGUACCGCUGCAUGCAGUGCAGCGCACGCGGUCG